GAAAGUCACAAAAACAAAAUGGCGGACGAGAUGGAAAGUUUGCUGCAAGAGUUUCGACUUCUAAAAUGCUCCUCUUUGCAGCCUUUAGCUGAUCGCAGUGAYCCUGUUUAUAUCACUCAUGCAACUGUAGGGCAAGAAACGAAAGCUCUGGCUACAGGAGAGACAAGUGGUGUUAUAAGGAUCUGUGAACUGGAGAAUAUGACCCAACAGCAAGUUAUAUUAGCUCACAAAGAAUGUGUCACUGGGCUAGAGUUUUCAAGAGCAAAUGAAAAACUGCUCUGGUCAACAUCAUCAUCUUGUCCUGUGAUAAGUUGCUGGGACCUGCGAGAAAGUUGCUCAAAACCUGUCCAGAAACUAACAAGUCCAAACKCAACUUGCUAUACAUGCUGUGGUGUUGGUUGUCAAGGUGAUAUUGUUGCUGGGGCAACAGAGCCUAGUGAAGAUGAUGUCUGUUUAUAUGUUUGGGAUGUACGGAGUCCUGAUCCAUUUUUUACAAGUAUUUUCACUGAUUCGCACAAAGAAGAUAUAACACAGAUUAAAUUUCAUCCAGGAAAAUCAAAACAGAUGGCUUCAUGCUCUACAGAUGGGUUAAUAUGCAUAUAUGACGUGUCUCACACCCAAGAAGAAGAUGCACUGGAAUUAGUGCUCAACUCUGGUUCUUCUGUGGGUCAAAUUGGUUUCUAUGGUGAAAACUAUAAUAAACUAUAUUGUAUAACCCAUAUUGAGACACUUCAAUUAUGGGAUAUCGAUAAGGCAUCUUUAGUUGUUCAUCAUUCUGACAUCCGCAAUUCUGACAGAGGUGCGCAGGCCGUACAAUAUCUCAUCAACUGUUUCUAUCAACAAAUUCUUGACAAGCUCUAUUUAGUGGCUGGUAGACACAGUGGUGACCUUCAAGUGUUUGACGUCACUGAAGAGAAUGUUACCAGAGUGUGUACAUUAUCAGGGGGUCACAAUGCCACUGUUAGGUGUCUGGAGUGGUACUUAAAGGAUGAACAAAUUGUGACAGGAGGAGAAGAUUCGACAGUUUGUUUCUGGAAAGCCUGUCAGGGCUUGUCAGCUCUAGACAACGCAACUUCCUCCGAAUCCAAACAGGAUAGUCAGCASUCUACCGGGAAAAUGGGAAAGACACCUAAAGUGACUGGAAAAAGGGGGAACAUAAAGCCAUACUCGAGACCAGCGGUUCAC